ACGUCGCGGCCAACUGGAUCUGAGAAUAGCCCGUGGAUCGUGAAUCCGAGUGUGCUACGUGAGAACUUUACUCAGUAGCAUCGGUGCUGUGUAAGUUUUUACAUCGAAAACGAAAAAGUGUUAAGUUAUUAUUAUUUUUUUUGGAAAAAUCGAAAUUAAAAAUUAAUCAAAAGGUUGAGCCAAGAUGUCGAGAGUUGAACGAAAAGAGUAUCAAGAAACGAAAAUAAUGAGGACGAGAUCUCCAGCUGGAAUGAGAGGUUCAAAACAGAAUUUAGGCGAAUUUGAUAACAACCUUGAUUAUCUUUUGGAAGAUUUACAAAAUUCGGUUUCUCGUCCGGAUAGCGCUUUGGGUAGUAACACUUACCGAGAAAUUAGAACGGAACGAAACACUGAUUCAUCGGCUAGAUCAAAUUCUUUAAGCCGAAUUACCAAUACAAAAGCUGCCAAUCCUGUUACUGAAUAUUCAACAGAUGAUUCUUACAGUUACACAUCUCCAGAUGGCACAAAAAGUGUUAAAACCGUAAAGAAAGAAAUGUACUCUUACAAAACGAGCGAUGGAACUGAUGGUACUCGAAUGCAAAACAAUAUAAACCAAUUAGAUUCUCUUUUAGAUGAUUUACAACAAGUGAAACCAAGUUCAGAAUCGUACCGUGUUGGCACCAGUCCAGGUUACCAGGAAUAUAGCAAAAGUAAAGUUAUAUCAGGAAAAACUGUAGUUGAAAGAGAUAUAAUUUAUCCAGAAACACCAAGAAGUAGUAGAAGUCGUACAUUAGAUAGAUCGGAUCGUGAAAAUUCGGUUACUCGUGACAUUCAAUACAGCAGCGAAAGUACUAAUGACUUAAAACAAUUAAGAACAACAUCACCAUCACCAAGUCGUUCAAGUACUCUAUCAAAACAAACUAAAGUAACCAACGUUCAUUCUUACCCCAUGGAAGUUGUUGAAACAACCACCACUGAUAUAAAUCCGGAAAUUUUGGCAAAUUUAGACCCAAAUCUUUUACCAACGGGAAACACAAAAGUAACCACGACGAUUAAAACGUACACUUAUGAAAUUCCUGGAGCUGUUUAUCCAAGUCCAGGUUCUGCAACUGAUACAACAACUGAAAAAUAUGUUUAUUCGCCGAAUCAAAGCAGUUCAACUCCGAGUAAAAGCUUUGUUUAUAAUAAAUUUGAAAAUAACUCGCUUACAAGAAAUGUUAACUAUCAAACCGAUCCAAAUUGGCAAAACACUUCGGUUUAUAGAGAAACAACAACCACGAACGUCCAAGAUCAACCUUAUCAAAGACCACCCCCUCCAAUUGGCGGUACAGAUACAUCUUUGGUAAAAGAAACGGUUACAACAAGAAAUUAUCAGCCAGGAAAUAUUUAUAGAGAUAGUUCUGGAAAACAUACUUACAUGUACGAUGAAAAUACCACUACAAGAAACGUUGAUGGAUAUCCACCACAUAGAGAACCACCAAAUAAAGAAACUGUCAUUAUUAAAGAAACUCAUACGACUAAUACAAAUACAGGACCCCAAUAUCCAAGUUAUCCACCUCAAGACACGGUUAUUUAUAGAGAAAAUAUGACAUCAAAUAAUUUUUCAAACCAACGUUAUCCGAGAGAUAACGAACCAAGAUAUCCAAAACCACCACCAGAACCGAUGAAUAUCACUUAUAAAUAUUCUGCAACGAGCACUACAAGUAAUAAUUAUAAAGGAUAUCCACCAUCUAGUGAAACGGAACCUUUGCUACAACCUCGACCUUUUCCGACCGACGAAGACGAUGGAUCCCCACCGAAAAAACUCGAUGAAUUAAUGGCAACCAUUGGAAGAGAGCCACCAAAUAGUCCAUUAAACGCUGGUUUUAACGCCCACGAAAUCGAAUUGGCCCACCAGAAAAAAGCAGAUAAUUUAAGACAACAACAAAUUGAGCACGACGAAAAGAAAAAGGAAGAAAUACAGAGGACGAAAAAUGUUACAGGGCCACCGGUUUAUUAUCCUCCUGGUUAUGAGAUGUUUGCUAAGAAAGAAGAAUCUGGAGGCGGUUGGAGAGCAGAAGGUGCAAUGGCUAAAGAAUCUGGCAAAUAUGAAUAUAAAGAGGAAAGUAAAACAAAAACAAAGGCCGCUUUAGUCCCCGUUUGUCUUCCAUUAUGCUGUGGACUUCCUUGUACGAUUUUAUAAAGAUAUGAUGCUUUAAAAAUUAAAAACUAAGAAUCUUAAAGUAAAAAAGUAUGCCUUUUGUGGAAACAAUAAUCUCAAAUAACAACUUUUUUGUUAACUUAUGAAUACACUUAUGUACAUUAUACUUGAAUUAAAAAAAUAAUUGUAAAUAAAUAUAUUUUAAUGUUAUAAGUA